CGUCCAAACAACCAGGGGGAACACUGUCAGAAUGGUACACACGAACAGGAAAAAUCCUACACGAGCAUCAACCACGGCGACGCUUCUAUUGCGCCUGGGAGUGUUUGGGAGGCGCACGUGGAUGUAGGAGGUUUGUCCCUUUGGCGCCACCGUUCUACAGGAAUACUUUAUCGUAUUUGGAAAACAGUGCCACCAAACUGUAACAGAGCAGGGUAACAACUAAAAAGUAGAGACGCGCCUUUGUGUUACGUGGCCAAAGCGCCCAUUUUAAACGGCGAUACAAGUGUAAUCAUUUAGGUCUUACCUGACAAUACUUCUAAUGUGGCUUUAUUCACUUGUGUUGCUUAUUUUGAUACUGCCGGAUCAAACCCGAACAGUACUGGAUACAGAGUGGCCGACAGUCCCAGGGUGGACCAGGACGCUGACGGCAGGAGAGGAGUGCGAUACCGGGGAGCACUUAUUAGAAGUUGAUCUGCCCAGUCCAAAAGAGGUACAGUGUACUGGUCCUCCCUGGCCCCCUCCUGAAGAGCGUCUUCCCAGUGUGAACAGAACAUAUUCUACAGUGGACGGUCUACCAGUCUGUAUGAAUAAGACCAUUCAGUACCCUGAAGGCAUUCCUAACAGGUAUGAUGGGUGGUCUCUCAUGUACUGUUGCAUGUGUUUCAGCGGGAAGCACCGUCCUGUUGGGGCACAAUAUGGAGAGUAUAUAUAUUGCCCUCCUCAACGUUGGAUCCGCAACCUUAAGGAUGGAGGGAUCGCUUUCUUGUAUCACCCUUGCGUCCAUCCUGUCCUCAAGGCUGGUUUGGUGGCUUUGGCAAGGUCCUGUUAUUGUAACCAUAUUAUCACUCCUUACCCCACAUUGAGCCAUGAGAGGCCUUUGGCUCUUGCUGCUUGGGGACGCACCCUAGAGAUGUCACAUAUUGACCAUAAAGAAAUUGGCAAGUGGAUUCCAGUUAGAAAAGAUCAGAAAGAAGAAUUGAGGUCCAAUAAAGAAAAACGUUACAAAUAUCUGCUGAUCAGGAAAUCCGAAAUGUUGUUGGAUAAAGAUGGCAGUGCACCUUGUCCCUUUGGGAACUUGACGAAACCUAAUAGUCUCAGGUGGACCAAGCAAGAUCUUGGACUGAGUGGUGGCAGGAGAUACCUGAAGAAGAGAAAUGUAACUAAUAGAAAUGAAACUUACACAAAUGUGAAAUCAGGCAGCGGAAUCCUGAAUCGCCACAAUCAAGGCAAAUUAGAAUCCCCUGCGAUGCAAGUGAAAGGUCUUCAUCAGACAGUGUAUCCAAAACCUGGCAGAGCUGCCUCCAAAGCAGGAUCUCCAAGCAGUGGGGCAAUUCAGGUCGAUUCUGCAAAGGAGUCCCACCAGAUAGGACAACAGCUGCCUUUACAAGAUGGUGGAGGAAAUCACAGAUCAGAGAAUGAGACAGGCCUGAGAGGAGAGCAAGAGAAGAACUCGGGCUGUCCUCACAUGGCUGCUCCUCCAUUUGAGUGUGACUGUGCUGAGAAAAUGAGGCUGCAGAAAUCUGAUGGAGCUAUGGAUGAACAGAGAAGUGUCCACUUGCCCACCCCUCGCACAGAAGAGGCAGCUUGGGCGGCAGCAGCCCUUGGAUUCCUGCUGGUAAUACUGACUCUUGCCAUUCUCCACACGCGCCUCUACCGGGGAUGCCAGAGAGGACCAAGUCUGUACUGGCCAGCGCAACAGCAUGAGUUCCACGAGUAUGAUAGUGUUGCAGAGAUUGUGAAGAGAAGAAUGCAGCUAGGAGGCAGACGGAAGAGAAAACCUUUGAAAGCCAGGAAAGAGGAGCAUUCCAUGUUGAUUAACUCCAGCAGUGACGACUCCGACUGAAGUUUUCUCAUCCAGUGUUUUUAUUUAUUUUUAUUUUUUUUAGCUCCAUCCUCUGAUUGUAGUUUGAUGGAUUUUAUCUGAGACUGUCCCAUGGUAUUCUUGGUUUUUGUCUCGACCUGGCAGAAGAUCUCUCAAGUUUGGAUGUCAACUGUUGAUGUUUGCCAUUGCAAGGAAGGUUGCAGUUAUUAGACUGUGCCAGGUGAGGAACAGGCCCGUUCUGACAUUCACGUGCGGAUGCUUUGCUGUGCAGUAGCAGCACACGCCUUUGGCCUACAGAGGUGUAUCGGUACAAUUCCAAAAGUUAAAUAGGAAGAUGUCACGUCUGUGGGCCUGGAGUGACUCCGGCGUUGUUAACAGUCAGGAAGCCUUGACUAAACUUUUCACUGUGAACAUCUUCUUUAAUGAGUUGCUGCACCACAUUUGCCUACAUUUUACUGCUGACAUGUUGAACCUCAUGUUUGUUUUUAUGGAACUGACAAUAUAACAGAUUGCCUUCGGGUCGCUCCACAAACACAGAUUUGAAAGUGUGCUGAACUCGGACCACACCGGGCUGGUUGUUUUUCUGUCAGAAGUGGGACAUUUUCACAAAUCGGAUGACAAACGUAUACUGUGGGAAACAGUGAUCGACUGUGUUUUAUUUUUGUAAAAAACUGUUUCAUUUUAAUGUAUAAAUGUGUAUUUUUAAUAUGUUACUUUAAUUAUAUUUAUACUGCCUGAAGCUGACAUAAUCGUACAGCAGUAGAAAGACUUGACUACCUCAGAUGUUACUAGAACACACGGGCGCAUGUGCUAUUGAAGAAUGCAUUUUAGAAAAGACACGUUAAGGAUUUCUGUAGCACACUAAACAGUAAUGGCCGUACCCCUCCGGCCCGGGUCUCGGAGAAAAGAGAGCCUUAUUAAGGAGUGAACUGCUAAUCGCCAGUUUCGCAAAAAGGGGACCCUGGAUAAUAAAGUCUCCACCGUUACGUCCCAGUCAGACAGAUGCACUUACAUGGACAUCACCACAUACAAUGGCUGAACUUGGGUUUAUUUUUUGGAUUUGUUUUAUUCCUGGUCACUGACAAAGGUAAGCAGCAUUAUGGGUAGUGAGAUCAGGCAUUCUCCCUGAUCUUACUGAUUUUGUUCUUUCCAAAGCCACUGGAGGACCUGAAUGAAGCCCUCUGUGUUGACGGUAUGGGUCACAUAAUGGAAAUACAGCUACACAAGUGAAAAUGUUCAGCCUUGCUUGUGGAGGGAAGAGGGUUUAAAAAAAAAAAAAAA